AUGUCCUUUUCUCCACGACCUGGAACAAAUAUCGAGAACAAGAGUAAAUCGCCUUUACAAAAAGUGAGAACCAGAGAUUCUUUUGAUCUGCAAUUUGAUGAUUCGUUAGAGGAAGCCUUGGAUAACUUUCAAAUAUUCAGUAGCAACCAAAAUAAAAACACUGAUAACGAUCGGCAAAACAGAAACUCUCAAGAAAGUUUUGAAAUGAGAACAAUUGAUGAAAAUACGCAAUCGAAUGAGAACUUGCGAAAAUCAUCUAUUUCAGGGAGACGACCUUCAAGAAAUGACCCGUGGGAUGCACCAUCCCCUAAUGAACAUAAUUCAGGUCUUAGUGUCCAUCAUGGAGGCUUUUUGAAUAUAUUAUGGUCAAAUGGAAGAUCUCUCUUAAAUUCUCCUUAUCGUUUAACAAAAGGCGGGUCCAGUUCUUCUAUAGAGCUCAACGAGAAUCAUGUAGAGAGAGAAAUUCAUCCCAGCACUACACCAACUUUUGACCGAAAUAAAUACCCAACUAAUGAAAUAUCCAAUGCAAAGUAUAAUGCUGUGACUUUCAUACCAACUUUGCUGUAUGAGCAAUUCAAGUUUUUCUUUAACUUAUACUUUCUGGCUGUUGCCUUAUCUCAAAUAAUACCUGCUUUGAGAAUCGGUUAUCUCUCCUCAUAUAUUGUGCCGCUUGCUUUCGUUCUCACAGUUACUAUGGUCAAGGAGGCUAUGGACGACAUUCAAAGAAGAAGACGUGACAAAGAAUCCAACAAUGAACUUUAUCAGAUCAUAAAUAGAUCUCAAUUGGUACGUAGCAAAGAUUUAAAAGUGGGAGAUCUGAUUAAGAUUUAUAAAGGAUCACGAAUCCCAGCUGAUGCUGUACUGUUACAAUCGAGCGAGCCCUCUGGUGAAUCGUUCAUCAAAACUGAUCAACUAGAUGGUGAAACUGACUGGAAACUUAGAGUAGCGUGUUCAUUAACGCAAAAUAUAGCUCAAGAUGAUUUACUAAGCAAGAUUAGCAUCACUGCCUCCGCACCAGAGAAGUCGAUAGAUAAAUUUUUGGGGAAAGUUACUUAUAAGGAGUCAUCUUCUCAUCCAUUAACAAUAGAUAAUACAUUAUGGGCAAAUACGGUGCUGGCUUCGAGUGGCCAUUGCAUUGCAUGCGUUGUUUACACUGGUAAGGAUACAAGACAGGCAAUGAAUACCACAACCCCAAAAGUUAAAACUGGGCUGCUAGAGUUAGAGAUCAAUAGCAUCUCUAAGGUGCUAUGUGCCUCUGUUUUUAUCCUUUCCAUAUCAUUAGUCGCGUUCGCUGGAUUUCAAAACCCUGAUUGGUAUAUUGACGUGAUGCGCUACCUAAUUUUAUUCUCGACAAUUAUUCCCGUGUCUCUCAGAGUUAAUUUAGAUCUUGCGAAAUCAGUCUAUGCAUAUCAAAUUGAACACGACCAUACGAUACCAGAAACCGUUGUUCGCACGAGUACGAUUCCCGAGGAUUUGGGGCGAAUUGAGUAUUUACUCAGCGAUAAAACAGGAACAUUAACACAGAACGAUAUGGAAUUGAGAAAAAUCCACUUGGGAACAGUUUCAUAUUCUGGGGAAACAGUAGACAUUGUUACAGACUAUAUCCAAAGUUUAGUGAUUUCGAAAGGACAGGCAGGAAAUGCACAACCCUCUACUGCUAGGCGUGAUAUUAGUACGAGGGUGUGCGAUUUAAUUAUAACGUUGGCACUCUGUCAUAAUGUCACUCCUACUUUUGAGGAUGAAGAAAUUACUUAUCAAGCAGCGUCUCCAGACGAAAUUGCCAUCGUAAAGUUCACAGAAUUGGUUGGACUUUCGCUCUUCAAAAGGGAUCGUCACUCAGUUACCUUGCUGCAUGAACAUUCAGGCAAGCUACUAAACUAUGAAAUCUUACAAGUUUUUCCAUUUAAUUCAGAUACUAAACGUAUGGGAAUAAUCGUGCAUGAUCAAAUAAAAGACGAAUAUUGGUUCCUGGAAAAAGGUGCUGAUACCGUCAUGUCUUCUAUCGUCGAACCAAACGAUUGGCUGGAAGAGGAAACAGGAAAUAUGGCCCGUGAAGGGUUACGUACUUUGGUUAUUGGACGUAAGAAGCUUUCUCUCAAGAUUUAUGAUCAGUUUCGCAAAAAAUACGAUGAGGCAUCUUUAUCUAUGCUGAACCGGGACGAGCAGAUGUCUAGUGUCGUGAGUGAGUUUUUGGAAAAUAAUCUCGAACUGCUUGGCCUGACCGGUGUUGAAGAUAAAUUGCAAAAAGAUGUCAAAUCGUCCAUAGAGCUUCUUAGAAAUGCUGGCAUCAAAAUAUGGAUGCUAACCGGUGAUAAAGUGGAAACCGCUCGCUGCGUUUCUAUCAGCGCAAAACUGAUAUCGAGAGGACAAUACGUUCAUACAAUUUCAAAGGUUGGCAAACCGGACGGGGCAUUAGAGCAGUUAGAGUAUUUGCAAGUCAAUCGAAACUCCUGUCUAAUAAUUGAUGGCGAGUCAUUGAACACUUACAUGCUCUAUUUUAAAAAAGAAUUUUUUGAGAUUACUAUAAAUCUACAGGCUGUUGUUGCCUGUAGAUGUACCCCUCAACAGAAGGCCGACGUUGCUCUGGCAAUUCGGGAGCUAACCAGCAAAAGAGUUUGCUGUAUCGGAGACGGUGGUAAUGAUGUGAGCAUGAUACAAAGUGCCGAUGUUGGUGUCGGAAUUGUUGGAAAAGAAGGCAAACAGGCAUCUCUAGCGGCAGAUUUUUCCGUUACCCAGUUUUGUCACUUGACAGAGUUAUUAUUAUGGCAUGGAAGAAAUUCUUACAAAAGAUCCGCAAAGCUAGCCCAAUUCGUAAUGCACAGAGGGCUUAUCAUAGCAAUUUGUCAGGCAGUAUUUUCGAUCUGCUCUCGAUUUGAACCAAUUGCAUUAUAUGAGGGUUGGUUAAUGGUUGGCUAUGCAACCUGCUAUACAAUGGCACCGGUAUUUUCACUAACGCUAGACCACGAUAUUGAUGAAUCACUGACUAAAAUAUAUCCCGAGCUUUACAAGGAUUUAACUGAAGGUAAAAGUUUAUCUUACAAAACUUUUUUUGUUUGGGUAGCCUUGUCACUAUUUCAAGGAAUUGUUAUACAAGGAUCUUCUCAAUACUUUACAAGUGUAAACCCAAUUGACUUUAACAAAAUGGUUGCAAUUAGCUUCACUUCUCUAGUUUUGAAUGAAUUGAUAAUGGUUGCCUUGGAAAUUAAUACUUGGAAUAAAACUAUGAUCAUAACUGAGCUCGUCACAUUAGGUCUGUACAUUGUUUCCAUUCCUUUUCUGAGUGAUUAUUUUGAUUUGAGCUACAUUGUCAAGCUAUUAUUCUUUGGUGAAUUACUAUUCAUAUUGUCGAUUUCGGUCUUGCCAGUCUGGGCGGCGAAGGCCAUACAUAGAAAAUUGCAUCCUCCAAGUUAUGCAAAAGUCCAAGAGUUUACGACCCCAUAA